AUGGCAGGAUUGCAGCCUACCAUUCUCCGCCCAGCCACACCAUCCGAGCUCUUCCAAUAUUUGAUCGCCAAUACCACAUAUCCGACGACAGUGAUCAUCGGGUGGCCCCGAGAUCAAUUUAUAAGCGCCCUAGCGGAGGAUAUCCAACAACAAGAGCCUCACGCUACCGAUGAGGAAGACGAGCGUCGUCACCCGCUCCUUCGCGCAACCCUCUUCCAAACAGCCAUCUCGCGACACAUCAACGUCGUAUUCGCGCCCACUGUGACCCAUCUCCGAGCGUACCUGUCUACAUUCUCGGCUUCUAGGUCUAGAAUAACCGAACCGCCAAAUCUAGAUUCCUUACAAGAGCCGCCUGUGCUAAUUGUGUACGGACUUUUGGAAAUCCACCGAGAUGGAAUGGAGUGGUCGGCUCAAGGUAUAAGUUUCUCAACAGCGGCAUUCGUUGAGAGCGCGUUGAGGAAUAAGUUCCGAGCAGUGGCGGUAGAACCCAGGCGAACGGUUGCCACAGACGAGCUGGAGCAAUGUCUGAAAGAGAACGUGCCCGUCCUAACGGGCUCGUCGGUGAAGGAAGAUGGAUCCUGGAGUGGACCAAUUGUCCCCGUGGGCAGAGUUGUUUGCAGUUGGUUCAAGGUGGACAAUAGAAGUGACGGAUAA